AUGUUCUACAAUCUCAAUCCUUUUUCAUCUCCCUACACCACUACCGAAAUCAGCGACCUUCUGAUUUAUCCUAUAAAAUCUUGUCGAGGCAUCUCAAUUAAAUCGUCCCGCCUUACCACUCAUGGCCUUGACCUUGACCGACGCUGGAUGUUCGUUUCCGGCGAUGACCAUAAAUUCAUCACAAUCCGCGAUAUUUCAUCUAUGACCUUGAUCGAUACUGCUUUUGCUACAGCCAAAUCUCCCUCUGAAUCUGGCAGUGAAGAUGCCGAAUAUCUGGUCAUCAGUAUUAGGAAUACAGACAAAAAAGUCACGGUUCCCGCACGACCCACAGAACAAUGGUUGAAAGACAACACAAGCUUGACACAAGUGGACAUUUGGGAUUACAAGACAGAUGGAUAUGUAUACAAGGAUGAGAUAAACAGCAUAUUCAACGAUUUCUUUGAGAAAGAUGUUAAGCUGGUAUAUAAGGGACCAACGCCCAGAAUUCUGCGGGGUAACGGAGCACCAGAAAUAUUGGGAAGAGAGGAGAGCACAAACUUCCCAGAUGUGAUGCCAGUUUUGAUCGCAAAUGAAGCUUCUCUUCAAGAGUUAAAUCAAAGAUUGGCGAAGAAAGGAGCGGAUGAGAUCACGAUUGAAAGAUUUCGUCCGAACAUCAUUGUGAGGGGUAAAGACGAGAAUACAACCGAUGACACCGCACCCGCUGCAUGGACAGAAGAUAAUUGGAAGCGAGUGAAAAUAAUCAACAAGCCAGACUCGGGACUUUUAUCCACCGCGAUGGGCUCAAAUGGGUUGGAUAUUGAUAUCCAGGCUCGGUGUGCAAGAUGUCAGGUUCCAAAUGUGAACCCAGAAACUGCGGAAAAGAACAAACACGAGCCAUGGGAUACAUUGGUGAGCUAUAGACGUAUAGAUGAAGGUAUCAAAUGGAAGCCAUGCUUUGGUAUGCUGGGUGUACCUAGGUCAGACGGGCCCAUUGCUGUGGGGAUGAAAUUUGAGGUUCUGGAAACGACAGAGGAUCACAAAUAUAUGAAGGGAUUCUAG